CCGCUCUUCCGCGCGCGUCGUCACCCGAGAAGACGGCCGAUGACGGCCGCGGCGUCGUCGCGCGUCGCGGUCUCCUCCCCCCCGCGCGUCGCCGCGCGCGUCGGGGCGGGUCGAAGAUCGCCGAAGACGUAUUCGGAGACACGUCAGCGAGCGCGCCCCGCCGAUCCUGCCUUUGAUCCCUCGCGCCACCACCGCGGACGGCGCUCGCGCCUCUUCCUGACGAUCGCGCGCGCGAACCCGCUUCGAUCGUUCGACCCGGAGGAGGUCACGAUCGAGGGCCUCGUCCCGCUCGAUCAAAUCUGCGACGAGUUCGUGUGCAAGAGCUCCCCGGCGGUGGAGGCUUGGCUUCGUCAGAUCGCGACGGACGUUUGCGCGCUUCGAGAGAACGCGCGCUCGCUGACGCCGUUCGCGAACGACAUCGAGUACGACGACGGCGCGCGCGUUUUCAAAGGGAGGGAGGGGUUCAAGAACCACGCGUUCAUCGCGGAGAACAUCGGGAACCCGGCCGCGGCGGUGGAGUCGAUGCGAAUGAACGCGGUGGACGAGGCGGUGAUCGAGUGGCGUCUGCGAGGACAAACCCCCGGCGGCGCGCUCGACGCGAAGAUCACGUCGACGCUGACGAUGAACCUCAUCACGGGACGCGCGACGCGAUGGACGGAGGCGUGGGACGUCGCGGGCGGGGGAUCGGAUCCGGGCGCGGCGGCGUUCGUGGCGUCGACGCGGAAGGCUUCGGCGUUGCCGAAGAACGCGGCGGACGCGGCGACCGCCGUGGCGAAAGAAUUGGACGACGCGCUCGGGUCAGUCGCCGGGUCGCUCGGUCUCGGCGGGGAAGAGCGGGAGGUGCAGGUUGACCCGAACGACCCGAUGAAGUUCUUCACGAACGCGAACGGGCCGAAGGAUGAUUUUCUUCAGCUCGCGCUGUUCGCGUCGGCGAUAUACUUGGUCGUCAGACUGCUCCAAGAGACGUCGUCGUUGAACUGAACUGAACCGAUCCGACGAACGACGAGUAAUACUGUACGACUCGCGCGAUUCGAUUCGAUUCGAUUCGAUUCGCGUCGUCGGGCGGCGGCGAUUACCAAAAUACUGUAAUAACGCCGGUUUCACUAC